AUGAGAUUCACAGAAAUAAUUUCCAGCUUGUGUUUUGUGGGGCCUAAGACCAGCUGGGCCAAGUGCGCCCCAGACAAAGGACAGCCACAGAAUAAUCAGCUACAUCAGAGACACAAGAUUUGUGUUUGGGAACAUCCUCUCCUCACCAGGGUAACCAACUCCCAGAAUACGCUCAUACAGGGGAUUUCUCCUUCUCUCGUCCUGCCUCCCUCUUCAGCAUCUUGCUCAAGCCCUGCAGUUUCAAGGUUUGCUGCUGUCUCAUCUAUGAGAGGAUCAGAGCUUCCCUCUAAGGGGAUGGACCCCCAGACAGAGAGACCCAAGAAAAUGAAUACAGAACAUCUAAUUGCUGACAGGCAGGAAGGAAUUGGUGUCUGUGGCUGGAUCCUGGUUUCACUUUCAUUCCUCCUGGUGCUUAUUACCUUUCCUAUUUCCAUCUGGGCAUGUAUCAAGGUUGUCAGAGAAUAUGAACGUGCUGUUGUAUUUCGUCUGGGACGUAUCCUGUCUAAGAAAGCAAAGGGACCAGGAAUGAUCCUUGUACUUCCAUGUACAGAUACAUUUAUCAAGGUUGAUCUGAGGACGGUUGCCUGUAAGAUUCCUCCACAAGAGAUUCUCACGAGGGAUGCUGUUACUGCCCAGGUGGAUGGGGUGGUGCACUACAGGAUCCACAGCGCUGUCAGUGCUGUUGCCAACGUCGCUGAUGUCCACUCUGCCACCUUGCUUCUGGCACAGACAGCCCUGAGAAACGUUCUGGGUACACAGAGCUUGGCUCAGCUGCUGGCAGGUCGUGAGGAGAUUGCACACAGUAUCCAGGCUACCCUUGACAGUGCCACGGAGCAGUGGGGAGUCAAAGUGGCUCGUGUGGAGAUCAAAGACAUCCGGAUCCCCAUGGCCAUGCAGAGGGCAAUGGCAGCUGAAGCAGAGGCUGCUCAAGAGAAAAAAGCUAAGGUUGUGGCAGCUGAAGGAGAAAUGAAUGCUUCCAAAGCUCUCCAGAGGGCCUCCAUGGUGCUGUCUGAGUCUGCAGCAGGUCUGCCACUGCGUUACCUGAAAACAUUAACAGCUGUGGCAGCACAGAAUAAUUCCACCAUUGUCUUCCCUCUCCCGAUGAAUAUGUUUGGGAGUUUGGGGCAGAAACGUACAGGGAGAUAG